UGGGCCAAAGUUCCCACUGAAUUUGGUAAUAUUUAACGGGACAGUUUGGGGUGAUAUGGCUGAGCACCAGGCAUGAGGCGGAAAUAGAAAACAUCGAUGACGUUGUUUGCUUCUCAUACACAGAAACUCCAGACCAAGGAUCGUUCUGCUUUGAAUGAUGGACUGACCGGACUGACUGAUCAGUCAUGGACACUUUCCCUCUGUUAGUGCUUCUACUGUCAUGGAGGACUGAAGUUGAAGCUCAAAUAAAACUAUUCCCAGAAAACCUGACGGUCCUGAGAGGGGAAAAGGCCAGAUUUACCUGCACUCCUUCUAACAGCCAGUGGACUGCUAUGAUUUGGCUGCUGAAUGGUGAGGUAGCACUCACUAUCUCUAAUGAACAUGGUGUCCUGCAAUCCCCCGACACGAAUCUGAAUCUGAUGGCUGAAAAAAAGAAAGAUGGAUGGAUGCUUGUCCUGAAUAACACAGAGAGACACGACCAGGGAGAAGUGACAUGUGAUCUCCAGGGCAUUGAUAGGAAAACAGCGAGGCUGUUUGUACAAGAAAAGGGCAGUGUGAAAAUCCUUGGGAAUAACAGGCUGGCUUUUCAGCGAGAUUCAGUCCUGUUUGAAUGUGAAGCAGCAGGAUGGCACCCUGAGCCUGUUCUGAAAUGGGAGGUGAAUAAUAAAGAGGUGAGUCCAAGUGAAUACAACAUCAGCAGUGAAGAGUCGAGGGAGAGCCUCUUCACCGUGACCAGCAACCUCAGUGUGCUGGCAGCAAAAAGUUCUCACGUGGACUGUCUGGCCUCUGUGUCUGCCCUCCCCGAACCACUGAAGAGCACAAUCAGUCUAAAAGUGGUCGCAGAGGUGUUGGAGGAAGAAGGCUACUGCACAGUCCCACUGGCGAUAACUGCCUCCCUCUCUGGUUUUCUGGUGCUCCUCCUGCUCUGCAUCUGCACUGUCCUCUGCUACAGACAAAGGAGACAAGCAAAAACAAGCCCGCAGGAGGUACUAAGGUUUGACCAAUCGGUGUUUAGUAGAAGUGUCGAUGCUGAUGCACCAGGAGGGAAAGUUAACCUGGGAUACUCUAGUGAGAGCUCCACAGAUGCAGUUAACAGUGAGGGAGUCUGGGAAACUCGUAGACAGAUGGACUUUGUCAGCUUUCGCAAGGUCCCUGAUGUCGUGUCCUCCAGCAGCUUUUCUACACAAAGUGAGAGCCAGGCCAACACGUGUCCCCCAGAGGAUGGCUGCAAGAAUGUCCGGAGAAUCACCACUGUUUGAAUAUCAAUGUUAUGUUUUGUUUGUAUGACUUUUGUAUAAGUAUUCACAUUUUUAUAAAGCUAAAAGCUAAGGGUAUAUGUUUUUGAACUACAAGUAUCUAACACAAUCAUUUAGCAAAAAAGAAAAAUCACUCUCUGGACACUUUAUUAGUUACUCCUAGAGUCAGAAUGAUGUGUCAUCCUGCUGGAAGAAAAGAUGGGUACACUGUGGUCAUAAAGGGUUUGACAUGGUCAGUAACAAUACUCACGUAGGCUGUGGUGUUUACCAGGGGGCCCAGAAUGAGCCAAGAAAAUAUUCCCCACAAGUGGCACCUGGUGUGGGUUUCUGCUGCUGUAGCCCGUCUGCUUCAAAGUUUGACAUAUUGUGCAUUCAGAGAUUCUCUUCUGCAUACCUUGGUUGUAACCAGUGGUUAUUUGACUUACUGUUGCUCACUGAAUAUUGUCUUUCUCAGACCAUUCACACUAAGGCUUAAAGGUGGUUGUGUGAGUAAAUCCCAGUAGCAGCAGUUUCUGAAAUACUCAGAGCAACCAGUCCGGUUCAGAGUUACUUAAAUCACCUUUCAUACCCAUUCUGAAGUUCAGGGGGCUGUCAACCAUGUCUACAUGUCUAUAUAAAGUGCUGCCAUGUGAUUGGCUAAUUAUAUAUUUGCAUUAAUAAGCAGAUGAACAUAUAAACCUAAUGAAGUGACCAGCGAAUGUA